CGCGGUGACAAUUCGGAAUUAGUACCAGACAGCUACAUUUACUGGUGAUGCAGCCCUGGUGACAACCGCAGUCUGCCGACGCCGCCAUGGGGAACAAGCUGAGCUGCUCGUGUGCGCCACUCAUCCGCAAGGCGUACCGCUACGAGGACUCUCCGUGGCAGACGUCGCGCCGCAGGGAUGGUCACCUGCUCAGGCUGUGGGCCGAAGUAUUCCACGUGAGCGCCAGCGGCGCCGGCACCGUCAAGUGGCAACAGGUGAGCGAGGACCUGGUGCCUGUCAACAUCACGUGCAUCCAGGACUCGCCCGAGUGCGUCUUCCACAUCACGGCCUACAACAGCCAGGUCGACAAGAUCCUCGACGUCCGGCUCGUGCAGCCAGGAACUCGGAUCGGACAAGCGUCAGAAUGCUUCGUAUAUUGGAAGGAUCCAAUGACCAACGAUACCUGGGGUCUCAACUUCACAUCUCCUAUCGACGCUAAACAAUUCAGAGAAUGCUGCUCGCCGUCGUUCAAGUUCUCACGCAAGGCGUCGUCGUCGUACUCGCUGAAGCUGGAGCCGCCGAGCAAGCAGAAGCUGAAGGCGAAGCGCAAACCGCUGUCGACGCCGGCCAGCCCGUCGCGCUCUCGCGAGCCGCAGUGCACCUGCAUGACGGCCGAGCAGUACGCGCGCCUGCGUGCCCAGGACCCGCGCUACAGAGGGUCCGCCACGCUGCCGCGGGCGCAAACUCGCGGCACAGACACGGACGCGGCGCCGGGCUCCCGCGGGGACAAGGUAACGGCGGCCACCUCCAGCACCUCCCUGUACGACAACGUGAGUGGCGGGGGCGGCGUCGGCGGUGGCAAGGCGUCUGCGUCAACGCUACCGGGCGGCGGCGGCGGCUCGGGGGGCGGCGGCGGCCGGCAGACGCGGGACCGCGGCACGCAGCAGCAGGACGCCGCCACCAACGGCUCCCUCAAGGCCUCCUCCGCGGGGGCGGCGCCGGCGGCGGCGUCGGCCGCGACCGGGACGGCAUCCGCGUCGGUGGGAACGCAGCAGAACCACGUGGGCUCGCAGGCGUCGGCCGGGCCGCCGGAGGAGGCGUCCAAGAGCGAGGGCACGCAGGCCGGCGGCACGCUGGGCGGCAGCCGGCUGGGUGGCCUGGGGGCGGCGGGGGCGGCGCCGGGCGCGGGAGGCGGCCGCCGCGACGCGCACACCCACGCGCACCACCACGUGCUCGCCGCCACCAAGUCGGUCGACUACCCGGAUACGGACAUGGUGCGCGAGGCGGAGCUGCGCGCCGCCCACCACCACAACCUCAACAACAACAACAAUAACAACAACAACAAUAACAAUAACAAUAACAACAACAACAACAACCGGCGAUCCAAGAGCAAGAGCACCGACGAUAUGAGCGUGGGCGGCGUCUCGCUGGACUCGAACACGCUGAAGCGCAUGCUGAAGCCGAUGCCGUCGCAGCAGGAGAGCCCGGUGACCUCGCCGGAGAUGACGCGCCGGCGCUACAACUACUACAACCACGGCCACCACCACCACCACCACCACCACCACCACGGCGGCGCCAUCAACAACAACGGCCGGCACGUGCUGUCGGAGCCCGAGUCGAACCACCACCGGUCGGGCGGCCGCUUCUCCGGGUCGCGCUCCUCGCACGAGAUCGGGCGCGGCUACGGCGGCGGCGGGCGCGGCCUCUACCUGGAGCUGGACGCGCGCGGCGGCGGCGUGGGCAGCUGCGGCGACCUGUCGCCCCCCUCGGACAACGUGCUGUUCGACAAUCAGUGCUACGCGACGACGCCCAGCUCGAGCAACGGCAACUCGGACCUGGACCAGCCCGCGUCGACGGCGCCCGGCACCGGCCAGGCCACGCCCACGCCUGGCUCGCCCACGUCGCGCCUGCUGCUCGAGUACGAGAUGCACCUGCGCAACACGCUGGCCAAGGGCAUGGACGCCGAGAGCUACAGCCUGCACACGUUCGAGGCCCUGCUCACGCAGAGCAUGGAGAACCUGGAAUCCAUUUUGUCAAGUAAGCGAUCCCAGGAGCAACUACCGCAGCAGGAGCCGCCGCUGGUGCAACCGCCUCCACUGCAGCAGCUGCAGCAGCAGUUACAGCAGCAACAACAGCAGCAACAGCAACAACAGCAACCCCAACUGCUGCAGCAGCAGCCGCAGCAACCGCAACCGCAGCAGCAACAACAGCAAAAGUCAGUGGAACAGCAGCACAGGGAGCAGCACCUGCAAAGGUUGCACCUACAGCUGCAGCAGCUGCUGCUGCAGUACCAACAGCAACAGCAGCAACAGCAGCAGCAACAGCAGCAACAGCAGAAGCAGCAGCAGCUGCAGCAAACGCCCAAAAAGCCGCAGACUGGUCGGCCGCAGCAGAAACCAGUGCGGCAGUUGCUGCAGCAACCGAACGGGCGCCAAACCACCCCGCGGGUGCAAGAUGGCCGCCAGUCGGCCACCUGGCGGCCGGAGGCUCAACAAGCUAAAGGCAAACCGCCUUCCGCCGCGGGCGCCGCGCAGCGGCAGGAGACGGAACUGCAGCGCUUACUGCAGCACCUCAAGCUGGAAAUGUCUGUGGAGGAGCUACACGCCAAACUGCGUGAGAUUCUGGAGAAACGAGAGUUUGCUGAAAGUCUUCCUGGAUCCACGCAGCGCAGCCCGUAUCCAUCUAGAAGGCGUCCGGGCAGCAGCGCCAGCAUGAACAAGUCGUCGACCCUGCCGCUGCCGCACCGCGCCGUGGAGCGGCCGGCCUCCAGCGCCAGCAGGGACCGGGACAGGGAUAGGGACAGAGACCGCGAGGGCUACUACAGCGACCGCAACGAGCUCAUCCGGGAGCGCGAGAGGGAGCGGGAGCGCGAGAGGGAGCGCGGCUACCUCAGCGACCACAACUCCAGGUACCGGGACAGAGACCGCGAGGGCUACUACAGCGACCGCAACGAGCUGCUGCGAGAGCGGGAGCGAGAGAGGGAGCGCGACCGAGACGCCGGCUACCUCAGCGACCACAACUCCAGGAACAUCUUCGACCGGCAGGACAGCCUGCGCUCCGACUACAUGAGCGACCGCGAGAGCCGCUACGGCAUCGUGCAGCAGGCCUCCAUCGAGAGCACGGACUCGCGCCUCUGCUACCUCACCUCCUCUGAGGUAAGUCUCCUCCUCCGUCUGCCGUCCGCGUGCACGCAGCUCUGGUCACCGUCUCCGGUAAGUACGCCGGCGAGCCUCAGCGAACAGACCCCGUACAGGUAGACGCCACUUCAGUGUGCUCCGACACGUCUCAAGUACGGAAGGUGUGAGGUUUCGUCAAGAAGCGUUCUGAAAGCUGCUAGGCUUCGAUGUGAUCCUUAUAGUCCGAUUUAAAUUAGGUGGCAGUUGACGUUCAGGAUCACAAGUCGCGACGUAGUCCUGACCCUGCGGUAGUAAAUAUUUCAAAAUGGUCAUUUUUCAAAACCACCAAGAGCUGGUGAUAAAAUAAUUCCAUAUCUACCAACAGUUUCGCUACUCUGUUCAUCUUCAGGUAUCAUACAAUUAUUUACUUCAGCCUUUCCUGCCAACAUUAUGACUGUGGCGUCAAAUAAAAACCAGUUAGGCGGAAUGGAUUUUAUUCCAUGUGAUGUCACAGUAGGAAGGCUGUUUUAACCACACGAAGGUGAUCAAAAGAUCGGAACCGACAGUUGAUUAAAAAUUAAUUUAUCCGCAUCUCUUGACGAUUUUAAGACAAAAAUUUUACAAAAUCGCUUUAAAGUCUCUAUUUUCCACCGCUAUCACGAAAAAUCUGAAAUCCUCGUAUGGUACUGAUCUGUAUAGUAUCUCUAAGCGUUUCAAAAAUCUGCCCAUGAUUUAUUUAGGGCCGAAGGUAUGGUAAUUUUUCUGAAUGGAAUAUACUGUUUCCCCCCACGAAACAGUUUUAAAUGUAUCAUGUCAUAUCAUGAAACCUAC